UAGAAAAUUAAUAUAGCAUUGUGAAUGCAAAAUUAUUAAAGUAUAAUGAAUUAUUAUUUAUUGUUUCAGAUGAAAAUGAGGGCGUUGAAAUUACUAAUUGUCUUUGCAGUAUUAACAGUUUGUCAGUCAGCAACACCACAACUAAAGUUUGCUUGGAAACAAGUAGACUACGCAUGGAAAACACCAGCGGACAGAGAAAAUGCUAUAAAAGACGGCAAAUUUGUACAAGAGAAUAACCUUCCGUUAGGUUUAGCGCGGUGGAAGAACAAAUUGUUUAUAACAGUACCAAAGUGGAAAAAUGGCGUGGCCUCUUCAUUGAAUUAUGUAGACCUGGACGGUCCACAAGACCAGCCGUACAAACCUUACCCAUCUUUCGAAGACAAUCUCAUCGAUGAUACCAUUAAGGAAUUGCCGUCAAAUAAUACAAUCAUUUCGGUGUUUAGAGUUCACGUAGAUCCUUGUGAUAGACUUUGGGUUCUUGAUACGGGACUGGCAGAUAUUUGGGGAUCCCCCAACCAAAUAGUCGGCCCAUCAAUUGUGGUAUUCGACUUAAAUACCGAUAAGUUGAUUCAUCGUUAUUAUUUUAAAUUAGAAGACAUGAAAGAGGACUCUUUCUUUGCUAACAUAGUUGUAGAUGCUGAUAAAGAUUCUUGUGAUAAUGCCUUCGCAUAUGUACCAGACUUGGGUGCCUACGGUAUUGUGGUAUACAGUUUGAAGCAGGACGACUCGUGGCGUGUGACUCAUCACUAUUUCCACUUUGAACCGUUAGCUGGAUCCUAUAGAGUCGGAGGUGUAACCUUCCACUGGACAGAUGGCGUUUUCAGUUUAGCCCUGUCAGAGCCCAGAGAAAAUGGGUACCGAACAUUAUUUUUCCAUGCGCUAUCGAGUACCAAAGAGUUCUGUGUUUCAACAGAACUGCUUCGCAAUUAUACACACAUAGACAAGGAUGAAGCAUUCCAUGAUUUUAAGCUGUUGGGCGAUCGAGGGGAACGUACUCAAUCGUCGGCCGGCGUGUACGAUGACAAAACUGGAGUUCUGUUUUACACUCAGGUAAACCGUGAUGGCGUCGGCUGCUGGAACAUAAACAAGCCCUAUACUCCUGAGAAUAAUCCCCUUAUUAUUAGCGAUGCAGAACUCUUGGAGUUUCCCAAUGACUUAAAGAUUGACGAUGAAAGUAACCUAUGGAUCCUGAGUGACAGAAUGCCGCGGUUCCUGUACAAGAGCCUGAACCCAAAUGAAGUCAAUUACAGGAUAUUCAGUAUUAGCUCUAAGGAUGCCAUAGCUGGCUCCACUUGUGAAUAAAAUUUAACAAUACUUAUUAGAUAUUAACUGUAAGAAAUUUAAUGAGCAUGAUGAUGGUAACUUUUUAAAAUAUUUCGGAGUCUGCCUGGUACUAAUUAAUUAAAAUAUAGUAAUAGAAAAUAAAAAUAAACAUUUAAAAAUAAUACACCGCCGUCGAACGUAGUCGUACUAAGAGUUACAACUCUUCGUUUUCUAAUUUGAAGUCAGUUGAAGAAAGAGUACUAAAAAUAUUAUUAAGUUUCGAGUUCAAUUUAAAAGACUUCAGAUAAUAACAAAAUGGUUGUAAUUUUAUAGUUAAUGUCGUCUUGUUAUUUUAUUUAUCGAUAUUUUAAUUUUAUUUAUGUAUAAGUUUUAUUUUUUUCCUCUUUGAAUUAAUAGGAGCACGAAGAGUGGCUGAUGGAAUAUUACUAGGCAAAAGCCGAAAUAUGAUAACAAUAAGGUUUCAGAGAAAUCAAAAAUUUGUUUGUGAUGAUUUGUGAUUAACAUGAAAUAAUUAUUGCAAAACGAAUAUGGAAUUGUAUAGAAAUGCGUUUCAGGAAAAAACGAGAAUCGUGAACAAAUAUUAUGUACCUCUUAUGAAUAAUGAAAAUACUUCUUUCAACUUUGAAUUGAUGAAAUCAAUUACAUUCGUAUUAUUAAGUAAUGAAGACUUUUUUAACUACCUUAAAUUAAUUGCAUUCGAUCAACAUAAAGAUGUGUAUAUUAUUAAGUUAAUGAAGACGUACAUAUGUAAGUAAUGAAGACAUCUCUUAAAUAAGUACGAUAGUUGCUUAUUUGCUUUGCUUAGAUAGUUCAUGGCCUAAUGAUAACCAUAUAACAAAAAGUAAGAUCUCAAAAAGAAUUUAGAGAUGUAAUAAACUCUUUUAAUAAACUACAAAUUAAAGUUUAGUUUUUUAAGUUAUAAAUAAAAUUAAAUGUUACUUUCUUAUCAAAUAAAUGUAUAAUGUACUUAUCGUAUAACUUAGUGUUACUGUUUUUUGUAAAUAAAUAUCACAGAAAUUGCUCUUUAAAAUAGUAUAGUGCACAUGACUUUUUAAUGAGUGUUGGAUAUUUUGUAAUAAUGCAAAUUUAAUUUUUAAUCAAAAAUUGAUAACAUUACCUUGAAAAGAACAUCUUUGAAAAAAAGCGAGACAGCAAACGAUCGUUUCUUUUAAUAAAAAAUAUGAAAAUUUUUUAGAACAGAUGUUCAUCGUAAGCAAAUAUAAAUAUAAUAUGAAUUGUACUUUGCUUGUGAAUUUGAAUUGUACUGGAUACUAAAAAUAUAAUCCAGAUUGCAACUACGUUGUAACAGAUUCAAAAAUACAAACUUUAAUACAUAUAGUUAAGUAUAAGUAAUGACUUUUAUCCAACGUUUUAUUUAACCUGUAAAGCAAGAUUGCUUGGUAAAUUUAAUCAUUAACAUAACGAAUGUAUG